AUGGCUUUGCUAGACCUGUGUCGCUUAGAUGAGAAAAUUAACUUGAAGGCUAGUGAUUCUCUUGUAUCUAUCAAUAAUGAUGUACUGGGAUAUACUCAAAAUUUCAACAAUUGUGUCCAACUUGCAACCCCACCGUUUGCAAACCCAGUUGAAACUCUAGCACAGUUUAAUACGAAAGAUGAGACUGGCCGUCAAAUCAAAAUUGAGUUCGACCAUGGUACUACAACACUUGGAUUCCGAUACAAAGGAGGAGUUCUGCUUGCUGUAGACUCCAGAGCUACUGGAGGUCAAUUCAUUGGAUCACAAUCAAUGAAAAAGAUUGUCGAAAUCAAUGAUUAUUUACUAGGUACUCUGGCUGGUGGUGCAGCAGAUUGUGUAUAUUGGGAUAGAGUCCUAGCAAAACAAUGCAGACUGUAUGAGUUACGUAACCGUGAGCGCAUCUCUGUAGCAGCAGCUAGUAAACUGAUGGCCAAUAUGGUCUAUAAUUAUAAAGGCAUGGGCCUAAGCAUGGGCAUGAUGCUUGCUGGGGUUGAUAAAAGAGGUGCCCAACUCUAUUAUGUAGACAGUGAAGGAACUCGCACUCCGGGCAAAGUGUUCUCUGUAGGCUCUGGAUCUGUGUAUGCCUUUGGUGUCUUGGAUUCUGGAUACAGCUGGGACUUAGAAGAUGUUGAAGCACAAGAGCUUGGUCGUCGUGCUAUCUAUCACGCGACACACCGUGACGCCUACUCUGGAGGCAUCAUCAGAGUAUACCACAUCAGCGAAAAGGGCUGGGUCAAUGUCUCUAAUGAGGACUGCUCGGACUUGCACUACAAGUAUCAGGCGGAGAAGGGGUUGAAGGAUGAA